CUAAAGUUGGAUGUCCGUUGGUCGUGACAAAGGGGCUGCGCACAGAUUGGUGUUGACUGGGUGCUUCGAGGAUGAUGCAGAGGUCUGCGCUUGUAAUGUCGCGCCAAGCGCUUAGUAAUCAUAUUUUCCCCAGCACGCGAGAUCGACUUUGACAUCAUGGGGCUUUUCUCUACGCGAACCAUUACGAUCCCCUGUGCAGCUUACAACCACGACAACCCAGCCCCGACGUGCCUCCUCCUCGCGAGCAAUUCUUGCCGCUGCUUCGACAAUGGCCAAAGAGCGCAACUACAACCCCGUGCAGGCCCAGCGCAAAGCUGACAAGGCCAAGGCGAUCAAGAAGGGCAAAGCCGAAUCGCUGGUCCGGAAAAACGAGAAACUGGCAAAGAAGAAUCCCGAGCGCAUCCAGAAGCAAAUCGACGAUCUAAAGGCCAUCACGACCAACGGCGGAAAACUCAGCAAGCAUGAGGAGCAGGUCCUCGAGGGCCUCGAGAAUGAGCUCCGAUCGGUCAAGAAGGCCAGGGACACACUAGGCGACCGCGCACCCACGUUCGGACGAGGCUGGACGAGGGAUCACGACGGCCCCGCGGUUCUGGGCAAACGACGACGCGGGUCCAACGCCUCCACGAGCGAGGAGGACGUGCCAGAGGACGUGCGAUCGAUACCGAUGCCGCGCGAUACGCCGCCGCCGAUUCCCAAGGACGUCCUCGACGCGUGGUACGCCAGACGGCGCGCGCGCCGCGAGGCUGAGAACGCCGCAGCCCACAAGAAGGACAAUGAGCCCAAGAAGGACGCCCCGCCUGCGGAAGCCAAGGUCACCUACUCCGCCGAGCCCGUGCGACGCGACCUCCGCAAGGAAGCUGUCGCCGCCUUUGUGCCCAAUGUCGUCAAGCUCAAGAUGGACAAGGGCCAGGGGCAAGGUGGCUUGAUGGAACCGGAAGAGGCUGAUCGACUGGAGCAGGAGGGGUACCUCAAGCCACAGCCGCCGCCCUCCAAGGCCGUGACAGUCGAGGAGGCCGAUGACGAGGAUUGAGAAAAAGCCGCUUGACUAAUACGCAAGUCAUAAACUACUAAUCGAGGCAAUAUGCAGCAUGUCGGCUUCGGCUUCGGCUUCGGUCUGCAUGCACUUUUGGGCCCCGAUGCGGUGCGGGUGCGGGCACCGUGGAGGUAGUCCGGGGAUGACGCGCCCGUGGACCAACCAGCAGUUUCA